CCUUGGUUGUAAUUCUUCUGCCGUCCAUUUCUCCUCCCUCCCCAAGGCAACCGGCCUGACCACUCAAAUGCUGCCGACAACCGCCACCGCAGCCUCCACGGCGCCGCCCCCUCCGCCGGCCCCCGCUGCUUCCUCCGGUGAGCCGCACGAGGCCCUGCUCCUGUCGCUGGGCCACCUGCGGCUUCGGGAGCUGCUGGCCUGCAGGCGCGUGUGCCGCCGCCUCCGCGACGCCGUCGCGGGGGACCCGCUCCUGUGGCGGAGCCUCGCCGUGGAGCCGCCGCUCAGCUACCGGAUCACGGACGAGGCCCUCCUCGGGCUGACGGAGAGGGCGGAGGGGAGGCUCCGGCUGCUCCACCUCCUCGGGUGCCCCCGCGUCUCCGACGCCGGCCUGCUACGCGUCGUCGAGCGUAACCCGUGCGUCACUGAGCUCUUUGUGCCCAGUUGUACAGGAUUAACAGCUGAUGGUUUGGUGAAAAUUAUUCAGUUUCUGCAUGAGCACAAAGGCAAUCUAAGUCGUAUCCGACUCCAUGGCAUCUGCAAGAUGACUAACCACCAUCUUGAUGUAAUCAACUCUCUCAUGUGCAAAAGUAGCCAACAACAAGAUGCUCAAGCACUUUACUACAACCAUAGAGUCCAUGAAGUGCUCAACACGGAAGAUGAGUGCCCUAUUGAUGUAGAUGUCUGCCCUAUCUGCAGAAAUGUGAGGUUGGUGUUUGAUUGUACAAGGGAUGACUGUAGGGAAGUGAAGGACAGUUGGUCCCCAUGCCGAGGCUGCUUCUUUUGUGUUGCUAGAUGUGAAACCUGUGGUGGGUGCAUCGACUUGGAGGAGCUUGGUGAGACUGGACUUGCGUGCUCCGACUUCCUGUGCAUGGACUGCUGGCUCAAACUCCCGAAAUGCUGCACAUGCAAUCGUCCCUACUGUGAGAGGCAUUCAAAUUUCAAAGAAAAUUUGUCACCGUCUGGCCAGUUUACCUGUCAGGAAUGCGCAGCCUUUGCUACCUCACUCGAAAGCCUGGAAGAAGGUUAUUAGAAGUGAGAUUCUGCCAUCUUUCGGAAACAGAUAUUUGAGCAUUUUGAUAUGUGACUGACUAUCCUGUAACAGCCUUUCUUGUUGACUUAAUCCUCACCUGUGGAGCUUAUGAGACUAAAUGGAUGAACCAGAUUCUUAAUAACCUA